AUGGAAACUAACUCAGUUUCCAAAUUUCUCUUUCUCUUCAUUUUCUCUACAUUCUUGUGCUCACUGGUUUACUCUGAUGUAACCUAUGACAGAAAAGCCAUUAUCAUCAAUGGCCAAAGAAGACUCCUUUUCUCUGGUUCCAUACAUUAUCCCAGAAGUACCCCUGAUAUGUGGGAAGAUCUGAUUUAUAAGGCUAAAGAAGGAGGUUUAGAUGUAAUUGAAACCUAUGUCUUCUGGAAUGUUCAUGAACCUUCUCCUGGAAAUUAUGAUUUUGAAGGAAGAAAUGAUUUGGUUAGGUUUGUUAAGACAGUACAGAAAGCAGGACUGUAUGCUCAUCUUAGAAUUGGACCUUAUGUUUGUGCAGAAUGGAAUUUUGGAGGUUUUCCUGUUUGGUUGAAGUAUGUUCCCGGGAUUAGCUUUAGACAAGACAAUGAACCUUUCAAGAAGGCAAUGCAAGGGUUCACUGAGAAGAUUGUGGGAUUGAUGAAGAGUGAACGACUCUACGAGUCACAGGGUGGUCCUAUCAUCCUCUCUCAGAUCGAGAAUGAGUAUGGGGCACAGAGUAAAUUACUUGGACCUGUUGGAUAUAAUUACAUGAGCUGGGCUGCAAAAAUGGCUGUUGAAAUGGGAACUGGGGUUCCAUGGGUGAUGUGCAAGGAAGAUGAUGCUCCAGAUCCAGUGAUAAACACCUGCAAUGGCUUUUAUUGUGAUAAAUUUACUCCCAAUAAACCUUACAAGCCUACAAUGUGGACAGAGGCUUGGAGUGGCUGGUUUUCGGAAUUCGGAGGUCCAAUUCACAAAAGACCUGUUCAGGAUUUGGCAUUUGCAGUAGCCCGGUUCAUACAAAAAGGAGGAUCUUUUGUAAACUACUACAUGUAUCAUGGAGGAACCAAUUUUGGCCGCACAGCUGGAGGCCCUUUUAUCACUACCAGCUAUGACUAUGAUGCUCCACUAGACGAAUAUGGUUUGAUUAGGCAACCAAAGUAUGGUCAUCUAAAGGAGCUUCAUAAGGCUUUCAAAAUGUGUGAGCGAGCUUUAGUUUCAACUGACCCGGUUGUUACCUCAUUAGGAAACUUCCAACAGGCCUAUGUAUACUCAACAAAAUCUGGAGAUUGUGCUGCUUUUCUCUCAAACUAUGAUUCCAAAUCUUCUGCUAGAGUCCUUUUCAACAAUAUGCACUAUAAUUUACCUCCUUGGUCCGUCAGUGUCCUCCCGGAUUGUAGAAAUGCUGUUUUUAAUACGGCAAAGGUUGGAGUGCAAACAUCUGAGAUGCAAAUGUUGCCUACAAAUACUCAUAUGUUCUCAUGGGAGAGUUUCGAUGAAGAUACUUCUUCUAGUUCUACAAAUACAAUCACUGCUUCUGGUCUCUUGGAACAGAUAAAUGUAACACGAGAUAUAAGUGAUUACCUUUGGUAUAUAACUAGCGUUGAUGUUGGUUCGUCUGAAUCCUUUCUUCGUGGAGGCAAACUCCCUUCUCUCAUUGUUCAGUCAACUGGUCAUGCUGUGCAUGUUUUUAUCAAUGGUCGACUUUCUGGCUCUGCCUAUGGAACGAGGGAGGACAGGAGAUUCAGAUAUAUUGGCGAUGUAAAUCUUCGUGCCGGAACAAACACUAUAGCUUUGCUCAGUGUUGCCGUUGGACUUCCAAACGUGGGUGGACAUUUUGAGACUUGGAACACAGGAAUCCUAGGUCCAGUUGUUAUGCAUGGACUUGAUCAGGGAAAGCUGGACUUGUCAUGGCAGAAAUGGACUUACCAGGUUGGGCUGAAAGGAGAGGCCUUGAAUCUUGCAUCACCAGAUGGUAUCUCAUCUGUCGAGUGGAUGCAGUCUGAGUUCGUUGUACAAAAAAAUCAGCCACUGACAUGGCACAAGACUUUUUUCGAUGCUCCUGAAGGAGAAGAGCCGUUGGCAUUGGACAUGGACGGUAUGGGUAAAGGUCAAAUAUGGAUUAAUGGGAUAAGCAUUGGAAGAUACUGGACUGCUACAGCUACUGGUAGUUGCAAUGACUGCAAUUAUGCCGGGUCAUAUAGACCACCAAAGUGCCAGAUUGGUUGUGGUAAACCAACUCAGCGAUGGUACCAUGUACCGCGAUCAUGGUUGAAGCCAAAUCAUAAUUUGUUAGUUGUUUUUGAGGAACUUGGGGGAGACCCUUCUAAAAUUUCAUUAGUAAAGAGAUCAGUGAGCAGUGUAUGUGCUGAUGUAUCAGAGUACCACCCAAAUCUCAAGAAUUGGCACAUUGAUAGCUAUGGGAAAUCAGAAAAUUUCCAUCCUCCAAAAGUUCACUUGCAUUGCAAUCCUGGCCAAGCCAUCUCUUCCAUUAAAUUUGCAAGCUUUGGAACUCCUUUGGGAACCUGUGGGAGUUAUGAGCAAGGAACUUGUCAUUCUUCUGCAUCCUAUGACAUCUUAGAGAAGAAAUGCAUCGGAAAGGCAAGAUGCACAGUAACCGUAUCAAAUAGCAAUUUCGGGCAUGACCCGUGUCCGAAUGUGUUGAAGCGGUUAUCAGUUGAAGCUGUUUGUGCUCCAACUGUUACCAACUAA